AUGUCUUCCGAAACUAGUGCGGCAAAGAAUCUGGACGAAGUCGAGAAGAGCUCGCAGCUUGAGACAUAUGACGAGAAGCUUGGGCUAGACUCGAUCGAUACUUCUGAUGGUGAUGCGGCUCUUCAGCUCGUCGGCGCGCAGGCAACGGUUCACUUCAGUGAGGAGUAUAACCGAAAGCUCAGGCGCAAGCUGGACUUUGUCAUCCCUACCAUUUCAGCCGCUGUAUACUUCAGUCAAUAUUUGGACAAGACCUCACUGAACUAUGCGAGGCGAGUGCUAUUUGCAGCAAUGCUGGUUGACAACUACAACUUGGUAUCCAUGGCCUUCUACCUGGGUUACCUCUUUUGGGAGUUUCCGACCGUCUAUAUCUCGCAGAAACUUAGGUUGGCCAAGUAUCUCGGCGGCAACAUUGUUGUAUGGGGAAUCAUCCUCAUGCUGCAUGCCUCAACAGACAACUUCGGAGCCUUCUUUGCUCUCAGAUUCCUCUUGGGAAUGUGCGAGUCUUGUGUCGCACCGUGUCUCAUUCUCAUCAUCUCGAUGUUCUACAAGAAGGAUGAGCAGGCUAAACGUAUAUCAUGGUUCUACAUCAUGAAUGGCCUAACCCAAGUGUUCGGUGGUUUCGUGGCAUACGGUAUCUCAUUCUAUGGCGGCAAGGCUUUACCGCCCUACAAGAUCAUUUACAUACUGCUUGGUGCUCUUGCGGUCGUAGUCGGCAUAGUCGUUUUAAUCUGGCUACCAGAUUCCCCCGUAAAUGCUUCCAUGCUGACAAGGGAGGAGCGGAUUGCUGCUCUCGAACGUGUUCGGAACGAUCAAGGAGGUACGGAGAACAAAAAAUUCAAGAAGGACCAGGUCAUCGAAGCCCUCACGGACGUUCGCACAUGGCUCGUUGUUUUGUCCACGAUAUUGACGAGUAUCCCCAAUGGAGCUUUGAGUAACUUCAGUAACAUCAUCAUCAAAAGCUUCGGAUAUACAUCAAAGCAAACACUGAUCCUUGGCACUCCUGCGGGAUUUAUUGGUUCCGCGAUGGUGCUUUUCUGUGGAUGGUAUUCUGACAAGAAGGGCGAGCGGAUGAUCCCCAUCGUGUUUGCAUUGAUUCCUACCAUUGUCGGCGCAGCCAUCCUAAUUGGCCUGAACGGUUCUUCCAACAAGGGUGUUCUGCUCUUUGCGACAUACAUAAUCGGUACAUUUGGCAGUGCACUCUCCACGAUCUACGCAUACAAUGCAAGCAACACCAGUGGCCAUACCAAGAAGGUGACGAUUAAUGCAAUGACGAUGGCCACUUUUAGCAUUGGCAAUAUCAUUGGGACUGAGAUAUUCCAGCCUAAAGAUGCGCCGGCCUACAUUCCGGGAAAGACUGCGAUCAUGGUCUUGUUGAUCGUGCAACUGGGCGUCUCGUUUUUACUACGCUACAUCAACAUUCGCUUAAACAGAAAUCGGAAAAUCCAGCUGGCGGAAGAAAAGGCGCGUCGGGGUUGGACUGAUGAAGAUGUGCAACGGGAAAGGGAGCGUCACGCAUUUGCUGACCUCACCGAUAGGCAGAACCUUUUCUUCAUAUACACAUGUUAAGAGGAUGAGUACAUAACUCUGUAUAUCAAUGUAUUUCUUAGGUCUAUGGACAGUUGCACCGUCUGAAAAUUAUGAAAGAGCAGUGAAGUUGUCCAAAAGGCCGAUAAAUUUAACCGACAUGGCGGUGAACAAAUUAAGCAACCGAAAAGGGUUCGUGUAUAUAACUUCCGCAAGAAGAACCAUCAGGAAAAAGUUGAAUGCGAACUCGAACUUGUAAAAUCGAACAUCCUUUAAUAUGGCUGAACUGGCACCGCAGAAUAUGCUAAUCAUGCCGUAUGAGUGGUUUCAAUCGAUAAUGAUGG